UUAUUAUUGAUUAUUAUUAUUAUUAUAUUUAGUUACUCCUAUUUUUAUCCUAAUAGCCUAGACACCAAGGCUUUGAGUGUACUUCACUAUGACCUUCCAAUUUCUAAUUGUAACCACUUAAAAAAAAUUAGGUUGUUUGUUUUUCAAUUUCUGUUUGAUUUGUUUUACUAUUUUUAGGGUUUGAUAAGAAAAAGAAGAAAUGGAUUCAGAUCUCCACCAGCAUCACCAUCAUCAACAUCUUAAUUUUCAUAAUCACCAGCUGCAAUCACAACAACAAAACACUAUGAACAGCAACAACUCAUCCGGGUUAACUCGAUACCGAUCCGCACCGAGUUCGUAUUUUGCUGAUUUAAUAAGCAGUGGAAUAUAUGGAGAUGAUGAUAAUGAUCCUUUUUUCAACCCUGUUUCUAGGGUUUCAAAUAAUCAGCAAAGCAGUGAUGAUUUUCUGAAUCAAAUUAGUGGUGGAGGAGGAGGAUUUGAUGAUCAUAAUAAUCAGUCUCAUAAUCAGUUUAUAGCUGCUGCUGCUGCUGCUGCUGAUUCAUCAUCAGUAGUCAAACAAGAACAAGAAGUUAUCUAUUCUGAAUCACAACAACAACAACACUUUGUUUAUCAAAAUCAAAAUCAAUUUCAAUCUGAAACAACUACUGAUCAUAAUAUCCAGCAGCCUAGCUCCACAGUUGAUAAUUCAACUAUCCCUGGAAACCUCCUUCGCCAGAGUAGCUCACCCGCCGGUUUUUUCGCUCACCUUGAUAUAGAUAAUAAUGGUUAUUCUGUGAUGAGAUCAAUGGAUGAUUAUAGAGCUACUGGCAGGGGCAAUGUUUCAAAUCCACUGCUGUCUUCGACUAAGAGAAUGAAAAAGGAAAUGGGGUUUUCAUCUGGUUCACUUUCAUCUUCUGGUACACUACCUCGUAUAAACGAGGGUAAAGUUAUGGAAAUGAAAAGUACGCGUGAUGAUGGAGGCUUUGGUUCACAUUCUUGGGAUGAUUCGGACAUCUUAUCUGAUAGUUUUUUAAAAGAACUUGGAGUUGUGGAAGGUGGUCAAAAUAAGUUAUCGAGUCUAAUUAAUCCAUCAGAAAAUCAGCAGAAUGAUGUGGGGAGAAUCCGUGCUCCAACUACGCUUGUUCAUCAUUUGAGUUUGCCCGCAAGUACUGCCGAGUUGGAUAAACUACUUCAGUUUCAAGAUUCCGUGCCUUUAAGAAGUAGAGCGAAGAGGGGCUGUGCUACUCACCCAAGAAGCAUCGCGGAGAGGGUUAGACGAACCAGAAUAAGUGAAAGAAUGAGGAAGCUACAAGAUCUUGUCCCCAACAUGGACAAGCAAACAAACACAGCAGACAUGUUGGAUUUGGCUGUUGACUAUAUCAAAGAACUUCAGAAAGAAGCCGAGACACUUACAGACCAUCACGCAAAAUGUACAUGUCCACAUAAACAAAAGCUUGCGACACAAGUUUAAGAAUAUAUGUAGGUAUGCCUUUCCUCCGUACGCAAUGUUUGUAAGUGAAUAUAUUCAAGGGUGGAAGGAGAAGAAAGUGAAGCUAGAGUUAUUUUUCAGUAAUUAGAAAUACUCGGAAUAAUAUUAUGCACUGGUAUUGGUGUGUAUAGAUGGGAAUAACUAAACUCCAUUGUUGUUGUAACUAUAUAUAGCUUAUUGUAUAGUGUACCACUCAACUACAUUUAAGCCUUUUCAUGA